AUGACAAUAAACCGUUUCUCAAAUACCCCCUUCCUUCCGAACGACAUUUGGGUUACAUUAACCGUUAAAGUUGCGUCAAACUCCAUUCAGGACCUCUGCAGUCUUAGAAUGACCUGCAAGGCUGCACGGGAUAUAGGAGACGCGGAUAUUGUUCACCGCAGUGUUUCUAUACUGCCACCGCAUGUGACGCUGUGGUGGUGGAGCCGCGACAUCGAGGCAACGAGAUUCUUUGACCGCUGUUUGGCCGCUGGUCAUCCAGAGCUUCUGUUUCGUGAGGUGCUUCGGGAACUCUUCAUCAGACGUAACCAAGACGUUGGCUUCCAAAUGCUGAAUAGUGCAACAAGUAGAGGCCAUGAAGCAGCUAAAUAUGCACUCUCGAUGACGUUGCUGCUUCGCACGGACGACAAUGAUGGAAAACGGAAAGGACUCGAACUGUUUCGCGAGCUAGAUGCAGCUGGUUUACUCGCCGAUUGUAACGCUAGGUGCUUCUCAAUACUGAAUAACUCGUGGCCGGGUGAGGUCCAAAUGCCCCAUAUAGAACAACAUACGGUGUGUGCCUCGCCCAGGUGCUCCACCAGGGGCCACAUGGGUCUUCUGUAUGACUAUCGCAGACGGGCAGCAGAGCAAAACUCCGUCCAUGCUUUCGGAGGGGCCGCUCAUAUCCCCUGCAUCCACUGUCGCGCGAACUACGAGUUGCUACUCUUCGUCAACCUCCCAUGA